UCUUUUUUUGGGUGCCGAGGCCGGGUCCGUUGCUGCACACCCGUUCGUCCGUUUGCCCGUGUGUGCUCUCACUGCCGUUGUGCUGUCUGCUCUGCUGUGUCUCGUUCGUCGUGCAGGGGACGAGAAGCACCCCUUUCUGCUUGCUCCUUUUUGAUUAUUAAAAAAGAAGAAGAAGGAAAAGAAAAGAAGAAAAGAUCCGUAUGUCUUUCGCUGUGUGUGUGUGUGUGUGUAGCAGCUUUGUUGUGUCCGUUUCUUCUUUUUUAUAUAUUCCACACCGGCACACAGGGCCACAUUGCUGCUGACUUGUUCUUGUUUGCGAAACGUUUCUUUCCCCAUUCGACAACAUACCACCACCGCAGUGCGAGCGGUUUGUGCCCAGGCCUGAUCGGUCUGGUGAGCCUCACACAAAACAUUUUAUUUUGACGGGGCCAUUUUUCAUGCGAGAAACAACACAAUAAAAGUGGAGAAAACAACAACUCCACCAUCACCACCACGCAGUACAACCAUAAAAAUUCGUGUGUUUGUGAGCCAAACGAGAGCAAAUGAUUAACAUCAUCAACAUCAUCGAAAAAAAAAAGAAAAAGCGGCCAUCACCAGUGAAUGAAUCAUGGAGCCGCUGCUACUGAGCAAGAUUGAUCGGAUAUUCAACUCGCUGAGACUUCAGAAUCGCACAGGCCUGCAUCACUCGACGUUGGAGUGAGCUGUUCCUUAUUUUAUUUUUUAUUUUAUUUUUUUUUUGUUUGGGGAAUCGGGUGAAUGGGGUAACACAGUAGUCGAUUUAAACAAAACAAAACCCUCCCCCACAAAAAAAAGUGAUAAGAAAAACAAACUUUUAAUCGGGAGAGAGGGCAUCCCGAAAAUCGCGUGUUUAAGACACGCACAUCUACCUCCAUGAUGAAUUAUCCAGUAUGGCCGGAUUCGGCAGGGGUGGCCGGCUACUCUCGGACCUUGCUGGGCCAAAGUGGAGGCGGAAUGCGGUCGUCGUUGGCUCCGCCACCGCCGCCUCCGCCUCCAGCAGCAGCCGGCAGUGGAGCCGUGACUGGAGACGAAGGAGGGAGCAACACAAACAAAUGUAACCCGCCGAAAUAUAACGUCACCAACGGAACCGACCCUCAACAGCGUUCGGCCAAUCACCAUUCAUCUUCUUCCGCAGCCGGAUCGUCCGCCCGCUUAAAUAAUGGAGACGAUUGUGGCAGCGGCGGCGGCGGCGGUGGUGGAGCUCGAGGCCAUCAGCUCCCCUCGGCGGACAAAUACGCCCCGCUGUCUUCCUUCACCGACGACGACAGUCUCCUCAAGGUAGCGACGCACUUUCUGAGCGGAGGGAACGGCCAGGGCCGUCACUACAUGCCUAUUGCCCGUGAUUACUCAACAUUGAGCUACUCCUCGGGCGUCUCCGUCAGUACGGCCGGCUCCUAUUGUAAUCCCGGCCAACAGCAGCAGCAGCAGCAACAACAACAACAACAGCAACAGCAGCAAACGGCUUUAGAAAGACCUGGGGGCUCGACACGCAAUCCUCACUCUUCAGAUGGCGGGCCGGCCGGAAGCCGGAUAUCUUCAGCUUCUAGCUCGGAUAAUGGUGGAGGAGCUAAUACCGCCGGCGGUGCCGGCCAAGCCAACCCGCUGCUCUCGCCGUGCAGCGUCAUGGAAGAGGCUUCCAGUCCCGGAUCCACUACUAGCCAAUUAUCCUAUUUGGGCGCUCUACAGAGUCCGGCCACUUCCGGAUUGACACCGCUCGGGUUCCCGGCCCCGUACCUCCUGACGAAAGACGGGGCCGGAUUAGCCGCUGCGGCCGCUGCUGCCGCCGCGCACGCUGCUCAGCAGGUCGGACACGUCGCGCACGGUGGACAUGGCGUGCACGGGCAUGGUAGUGGCGGACAUGGUAGCGGCAUUGGCGGACCCAAACAGAAGAAAGAACCCAAACCCGGCAGUGAUGUACGUUCAUUCGGAUGUCAGGUCUGUGGGCGCGGAUUCAAACAAAAAGCCACACUGGCCCAACAUGAAAGGACCCACACAGACGAAAGGCCAUUCGACUGCCCAGAUUGUCACAAACGCUUUCGGCAACAGUCUCAUUUAGUGCAACAUUUAAGGAUCCAUUCGGAUGAAAGACCUUACGGAUGCACCUACUGCGAAAAGGCGUUCCGUCAGAAGGCGAUACUCAACCAGCAUAUCCGGAUCCACACGGGCGAGAAGCCGUACGUUUGCCCGCAGUGCACUAAAUGCUUCCGGCAGAAGGCCAUACUUAAUCAGCACAUCCGAACGCACUCGGGCAAACGUCCCUACUCUUGCCCGGACGCCAAAUGCAAGAAGAAAUUCGUCGACCAGGCCUCGAUGGAGAAACAUUUCAAAAAGCACAUUGAGGACGACCAGCAGCAGUUGCUGGCCGAAGCUCGUGGUGGGCCGAUGAGGUCCAAUGCCGGGCGCAACAACGCCAAAGGAUUGUUGAGAGUCAAAUUGAACAAUUCUGACCGUCCGGCGACUUUCAGCCGCGUGUUGGCGCCUGGCGCCGGCGGGAUCUCGACCCAGGAUCGGGCAACAUCUCCCUUCCCUAUCAACAUGAUGACUCGUCCUGGACAAAACAAUAAUAAUAACAAUAAUAAUAACAAUGCCGCAUCGGGCGCUCCUACUCCGGCUGGCACGGCUUCCGCGUCUCCUGAGCGGAUGGCCGACACUCCUGCUAGCCGCAUUGAACUGGCUCAUGAAUCAUCAUCUCAACAAGCACCGCCCACUUACCUGACUCAUCACGGGCAUCACCACCACCACCAAGCGGCCGCGGCCGCUGCUCCGGCUUCCGGACCCUAUCAUUUCGUACCCUUUCCUCACCGGCCCUAUCACUACGAUUUGUUGAGCCUCGGCUCCAUGGGCCAAUCCAUGUACGGCGGCGGAGGCAACAACAAAAUGGCCGAACAGCACGCAGCCAAAUACCGAUCGGAUGCUUUGGGUGAAGCAUCUCACAAUCAGAUGGGCGGACAUAUGGACAAGGAGUGCGUCCCUAACAACAGCAUGGCAACCAACUACACCGUGAAUGGAAACGUCCAGAAAGACAGCGUCCCGUGAGCAGAAGACUUUCACGACAGCUAAAUAUGACCCUCCUUCCUCCGACAACUCGAUAAAAGUAUAUAUCUCUUUUUUUUUAACUUCUCUUUUCUAUUCUUUGUAUUGAUCUUUUUUUUUUCAAACACGUUUUUCCUUCCCCGCAAAAACUGGCGGCUGAUAUGCAAAUCAUUUAGAGGGACAAAAAAGGGUUAAAAAAACAAAUUAAAAAUGGGAGAAUUGUGUUUUGUUUUUUUUUUAAAUACAUUUCCCCAUUUUUUUUAUUUUGUGGGAAAGAAAAAUGCUGUGUGCCACACCGGUAAAAACAGUUUUCGUCGGCUAGAAAACUGUAAAAUUUCAUGAUAAUAUCAUAACAAAAUUAGAAAAAAAACAGCCUUCAGGCCAUGUUCCUAUCAUUAAAAAUUGUUAACAGGUUCUAAAAAUUUUUCUUUUCAAACAAGAAAAAUAAUAAUCCCGAAAUAUGUGGGCGUAUAUAUAAAAAAAAAAUAAUAAUUUUUUUCUAAUGAAUAUCAAUUAUGAAAACAAUUUUUCAAACUCUCUUUUCUCUCCCAUCGUCCGGGAUUUUUGUUUUCCGUGUCGCGUUCAGAGUAUACGAGAAAAAAGUACGAAAAAAUAAGAACUGACAUAGGAACACGACACAUUGACGAAAAGCUAGGAUUUUUUAAAUCCUUGUGUGUUUGGUUUAUUGUUGUUCCUUAUUUUUUCCUCUUUUUUCAUCAUCGUUUUGCAGGGUGUUUUUUCUUUCUCUCGUUAUCUCUCCUUUCUCCAAUAACCGAUGGGUUCAAAAAAAAAGAGAGAACAUUAAUUGAAAGGGAUAGAAAAAGUGCAGGUCCUUUUUUUAUAUUGUCGCAUGUUCCUCCACUAUUUGAAAAUGUCUAGACAUUUUUUUUUACGAGAAUCAAAGUAGACGGAUCGAUCAACUAGGAGGCAGACGGAAGUAUCGAUCGGAGUCGGGGACGUGUGUGUCAUGCCAAAAGAGUUUCUCGUUGCAAAAAAAAAAGAAAUUUGUCUUUCUUAGAUACACAUUUUGUUUGUUAUUUUCCUUUUUUUCGUGACAAAUCGAAGAAGGAAAAUGUCGCUUUUCAGUUUAUAUGUCGCUAGGAAAAUCGGAGUGAAGUGAUUCAUUUCUUUUUUGAACUUUGAAUUUUUUUUUUCGCAAUUAGCUUUCAACCCGCCAAAUGCAGCUCAAAAGACGCAAAAAAAAAAGGGGGAAAAUGGCUUCCAGAUGAAAAAAAAAAUUUUUUUCUCGUUCAAUCAGAAGAGAAUCUGGCGCUAUUUUAGUAGCAACUUUGUGUUGUUGACGUUUUCUACAAUUGAGAAACAUUUUUUUUUUCUUUAAAUCGGGGUGCCAUGUAGGUUUUAAUUUUUCGCUCGGUUUUACAAGUUAAAGAAGAAAAAGAAAUGCAUUUUAUUUUUCGAAAUGGGUUUCGGCUGGUGUGUGGAUGGAGGAACUGUAAAUCUUUCAUUGUCGCUUUGUGAUACGAAAGAGGUGAAAAAACAAACAAAAUGACGGUUUACUUUUAUUUUUGAAUUUCUCCGACUUUUUCAUCUUCUCAUUCAAAUUCACUGGGCAACGUUGUCGAAUUUUUUUUUUAAGAUGUUUAAUAUUCCACAUCUUCAUUUUUUUUUUUUUUUUCAAAAGAAAAUUUUAAUUUUUAGCCGAACAAUAUUUCAAAGACAUAAAAAUUGGCCGAACAAGACAUUUUCCAUCUUUUUUCGAAAUACAUAUAAAAAUAGGGUUAGGCAACUUUUAUAUAUAUAUAUAUAUAUGUAUAGUCGAUGGCAUAUGUUGAAAAACGAAAUUCUUCCCAUUUAAACGUCAAUUUCUUCCCCCCUUCAAAAAAAACUCUUCUGAUUCUCAACCGAAAACAAAACCUGUUAAUUGUUUCUGUUAUUUUCAUCAAACCCUACUCUUCCAAACGGAAAAAAAACACACUCCCGACUGUGAUGUCAUCACGUUUGUAACCCGACAGGAAGCAAAAAAAAAAAAAUCACGACAAUGGUCCCCCUCCCCCCAUUCGUUUUUGGAAAAUUUCUGUACAUCCACCACCCACAAAACAGACACACCGAAAUUCUAAUUGUUCUCCAUCGUUGAAAUAUUUUUCUCUUCUUUAAUCGGAGGGCAAGAUCCCACGUUGUAACUGUGUCUCAAUUUUUCUUUUUAUUCGAUCAACUACUAUAGGCCUAAAUAUUGAGACAUUUUUUAAAAUUAUAAUUUAGCGUUUUUUUUUUAUCAUUUUUUGUUGAGGGAAAAGAAGGAGAAAGGAGGAGGAGAGAAGAAACCGAUAAAAAAAAAUGAAAAAAAGAGAAUGAAUCGCGUCCGCCACGUUUUGUAUACGUACACUCUGCCUUGAAAAGAAAGCUAAAAUUAAAAGAGAAUCGCUAAAGAAUGAAAAUGAUGUGAAAGAAAAUUCAAAUGAUUGUUGAUGACGUCACCCGCUGGUUCGAUUGAUCUUAUGUGUCUCUUUAAUAAUUUCGUUCAUGUUUGUUCUCUUAUUUUUAUCUUGUUGUUAAUUUGGUUGUUAAAGUCUUUUUUU